AUGAACGAAGACAUCUCAGAGGCAUCGUUGAUGUGCCAUCAACCUCGCAAAUUACGGUUGCUCUACGAGCCUCUGUGCCUGCUCUAUACCUUGAGUCAAGUUCGAGGGGAUCGGAUCAAACCAAGUGAAAUCUUACAGGAAGAGCCGGGACUGACUGACCCCAAGCGCUGCCGAGAUUUUGUCGAUGCCAUCGCCUAUAUUUGUGCAUAUCGAAAGGAACCUGGCUACGUCACUGCAGUUGCAUUAGAAGAAACCCCCGAGGAGAUAGUGAUUCUGUUGGCUGCCAAUAGUGGCAUCGAUAGCAAGGUCACCAGCCUUCUGGAGACUAUUCAGCGAAUUCUUUCAUGGGUCAUCAGCAACCACACCGUUAGACUGGACGAGAAGGAGGGCCAACAGAUCUUUAAAUUCUUAGCCGAUUGUGUGCUGUCACUCAAUGCCCCGAAGAUCUUUCAAUACUAUCAGCAAGUGAACAAAACAGUCUCUUUGGUAAUGGAUCGGCUAUGCACUGAGUCUACUUUAAAAGGUACACGACCUUACUUUUCUUCUUUCCGGGAGAAUCCAGCCUUAUUGAGGAUCAAGGCUAAUGUACAAUUACGAGCAGAUCGAGACAGCAUUAUCAAGCUCCGUACCUGGUUUGCUGCAAACUUAUCGAAAGAUGGCAUCCCGCUCCAGGAAUCCGAUAUGCCAACUCUAGCCCUCUCCAGCUAUCGUGACCAGGAUGUUUUCAAAGCCUUGUAUGACCAUCCCGGGAACGCCGAGCAAUCCCGUCAUUUUGAGCGACUCUCUAAGUUGCUCUACAAGCUAGGGAAGCACGUUUCUCAGUGCAAACGUCUGAUCUUGGCGACCAUGGGGUUACGUUCACAGCUAGCACGAGGCCUUCGCAUCGAGACGAUAAACAGGUCACCGGAGAAGCGUAUCACCCUCUCGGCUCGUACUUGUAAUAUAAAGAUGAUCAGCAAUCGUAUGUUCUCUCUGCCUGCCGAAAGGGAACAGUUCUUGCGGCAAUUACAACAAAUUUACUCGGAGGAUGAACUGGACAGGGUGCUGUCCAGAGAUCUCUGUAAAAGCAAAACGCGCGUCCAUGCGGAACUCCUGGUCCUCGAUCAUUUUGAGCAGACGCGAGGCAGAUUUCUCUUCGAGCAGGACAGGUACAUUGGGUGCAGCAAGCCAGCAUGCUACCUCUGUCACCUUUUCAUCACUUGCCAUCCGGGAAAAUAUGCGAUUCCCCCCUCCCAUCAGAAGCUGUACACGGCUUGGCGACUUCCGGAUAUCCAUGCAAGUGGGUCGAAUGCCGCGAUACGCUACCGGGACCAAAAGGAUAUUCUGUCUCGCAUGACUGACACCGUCCGAAGGAAUUUAACAAACGACAUUGCUACCAGUGCCGGCAGGCGUAUGAACCACGCAGACUCGACGGCAGGUGGCACCUCAACCAUCAUUGACAUCGAAUCUGAUCUCAUCUCGUCGACUGCCAAUCUUUCCAUUGAAGAGUUCAUAGAAACGCUCGAUCUUCAAUAUAAAGCUGGGCCUAAUCCUCGAGCAUCUGUCGUAGACACAGUGUUUCCUCCUUUGAGCAAUAGCUCCUCCCCCAGUGAGGAUAGCGCAGAGGCUGAGAGUGAUGAUGAGUCCCCAAUUGGCGGGGUGAAACUUUAA